AAUUUUAUAUUUAAAUCAAAUUAUUAAAAUUUUACCAUGAGUUAUAAGCUAAUUAAAGAUUUAUAUUAAUAUGCAAAUUAUUAAUUAAAAUGAUUCCAUUAUAAUUGUGUAAAAACUGUAAGAACAGAAAUGGAUUGAGCAAUUAAGAAUAUGAACCAUGUACAGCUUUGAAUAAGAUAAUACUAACAAGAAAAAUGAUGGGUACUAUUGUAAAACUUGAUUGGCAAAAUACAGCUGAAGGUAAAACUAUCAUGCAACAUUUUUACAAUCCACAAAAUAAUGGAAGAAAGCUAUUUGGAAUAUUAGAGCGGCCUUUGUUACCAAAUGUUGAAGAAGUAUCUUACAAGCUAUUUUUUGUUGGUAAAAGUGGAACAGGAAAAUCUGCCACAAUUGCUAGGUUAGCAGGAGCUCCAGAAAUUAAUGAAGAGUAUAUAGAAACACGAGGAAUUCGUAAAACUAAUAUUUACUGGCCUGCUAAAGUAUGGGAUAGAACAAUUUUAUUUAGACUUCAAUGCUGGGAUACAGGUGAUAGGGAUUUAAAGAAGUUUGGUCAUAUAUUGCCAGCUUGUACUGAAGAAACUGAUGCAAUAAUAUUCAUAUUUUCAUUUAACGAUCCAAGUGGAUUAGAUAAUAUUUCAACAAAUCUUCCUACAUUUAUGAAUCAUAAAAGUAAUCCUGCUCCUAUUGUGAUUGGAACUAAAUAUUGUCCUGGUGAUUUUACUGCAAAAGUUACAGUUUCUGACAUUGAGGAGUUUGAAGCCACUCAAAAAAUAAACAUUCUCAAAAUAAAUAAAACUGUUGGUAAUUACGAUCAAAAUGAAAUCGAUCUUACAUAUUUUACAUUAAAUGUAAUUUGUGAGCAACUGUGGAUUAGAGAUCAAAAUUAUAUUCUUAGUCAAGAAAUAAAUUCAUCACAAAUUGUAUAAUUUUCAGUUAAUAUUAAAUACAUAAAUUUUAUAAUAAAUUGAUUGUAUCUAUACUUAUUCAACAGACUAAAUUUCUAUUAUUUUUAUUGAUACUCAAUUUUUUUUAAAUAUUGUACGAGAGAGU